AUGAUCUGUGAAUGGCCUUCCGGCGACUUGGAGUGCCUCUCCAGUCUACCGACGACCCAAUUUUCCACCGGUCAGCAGCCUCUCUUCCUACCGGUAACCAAAACCUCAGGCGGUUUGCUUGAUUCCGCACAUACCAUCGUCCCCGUAAACACCGUUUCGAGCUCUGAAGCUCCGAGAAAACCUCCCGCCGCCGCACCAAAUGUCACCAGGAAAUCGAGCGUCGUUUCUGCCAGAUUUUCCCCCGCCAUUGGUGCCACGUCAAAAGUGAUUCCCAGCGGCUCUCUCCGUUCGCUCCCGGUAGCUGAACAAUCCCAGAUUAAAGUCUUAGGAUUUCCUUCAGUCAACGUCGCAUGUUUCUCUGCUUUCGUUGGACCCUUUUUCACCUCAGGCCCAUCCCAGCCAGCCCAAACCAAAACUAACCCCAUCCAGUCUUUACCCCACCCCAAUCCAUCUAAAAUCCACCCUGCCCAACCCGUCCUCUAUACACCUCCUCUAGCCUCAGCCUCCACCAUGUCCAGCUCGAACCCAACCCAAAUCCUGCAGUGCAGCCCGAACCCAGCCCAUCCCUCCCAAUCCGCCCAUGUCUCCUCUUCAACCCAAACUGUUGGCCUUGGUCCAGGUAAAUCCUUCCUCUCGGCUGCCUAA